AUGGCCAUACCAGGGUUAAACUUCAGUCCUCAAGAGUACCAUGACAUGCUGGACAAAAGCACCAAAGCAAUGGCAAUGGAAGCAAAGAACAGGGCAUUGCAGUUGGAAAUGCAGCUGGGGUGGACUGAUGGCUACCAAGAACAAAAGUGUGCCAAGAAGUUGGCAGAGAAAAGGAGAGAAUAUGCGGCGGGGGGUGUCGCGUCUGCCGAGUCCGAGCUCUCUCUCGUGUCGGCGUCGCCCCAGAAGAACGACCCGAGUGACAAUUCUGCUUCUGACUCCACGUGGGCGGUGAGCUUCUACAAAAAGCUGUUCCCCCUGGAGAACGAGGACAGGAACUUCGACUCUGACUCGUCAGACGAGGUCGACAAGAGGCAGCUGCUGGGGACGGGGGGCUCGGGAGGCGGCACGCACAGCACGUCGUCGGACUACGUCACGGCACGGGAGAGCAGCGUGGUGCUGCUGGACAUCCCGCCCGCCCCUGGUGCCGACGAUAACCGGAGCGGCGGCUACCGGCUCGUUCGCCAGGGCUCGUACGUCCUGGAUAAGCCCAGUGAGGCACUGUUGGACCACCUGCAGAAACAGAGGACGGGCAAAACUGGGCUUCAUCAGCCUGUCAGACCUACAAAAGAAUCGUCAGUCCAGACAGCAAUAGAUGAGCUCGAGCUGCCGGACGUCGAAGACGACACUGCGGACCUGGUGGCGAGUUCGAAGGUGUCGGAGCUGCGGGAGAAGCUGAGGAAGAGGUUCGACGCGGCGAUGGAGGCGCUGCUGGUGAGGCAGCGGGCCGAACAGGAGGCGCUGGCCAGGUCAUUCCUGCAGGUGCAGCAGUCGGCACGGCUGCAGAUGAAAGCGUCGGCAGUUAUAAAUGCUGCCGUGAGGGGCUACCUCGUCCGGAGGCUGAUGAAGACGAAGCACGUGCAGGACCUGAUAGAGACCAUGGAGGAGAGUUUGAAAUGCAUCUUCGAAUUGAAAGGAGAGUCACUGAGGCCACUCCGUGCCGACCAGGAGCUGUAUGAUCGGCUCUUGCAGCAGCUGACUGCUGCAUGCAGUACAUUUUAUGAAACAUUUUUCGAUAUUUCUACUGGAGAGAGGAUGAAGAUUAUUGCAGCUGACAGGGAGAGGUUGAAAUAUCUCCAGCUAAAGGCAGCCUCUCUUGGUCUGCACAGCAUACGGCCUGCCACACGAUAGCAGCGGAUGGCGUGACAUACCACAUUGAGGUAUUGCCACAUGGAUUGUUUCAGCAGAAGAAGCCUGCCUGCACUGAAGAAGAUCACUGUAGAGUAGCCAAUUGCAACACGAGGUGUACUACUAUUGAAAAAUUUGCCGUUCUCUUGGCUGUGCUGUUUCUGUGCCUUUUUAAACUCAGAUACCACUUCAGACUUGCUAUACUCGCUAUAUAUAUGAAAUUACACACCUUCAAUAUUGUCUGCACAAAUACUAAAUGAGAUGUCAACAAUACACUUCAGCUCCACACCACACUCUAUUGCUCUCUCCUGAGUGACAAGCUGUAAUGAUAAUGUUGUACAUUUUUUGUACAACCAGCAUUUAUUUCACAAGAAUAGGUUACCAAAUAGUUCCUCACCUACCAAAAAUAAUUGUAUCUAGUCUAGUACUGACAUGCACAUUAAUUACGCAUUUAACUGCACGGUUGUCGCAUUUUUGCUAAAUACUCACUGUCGUUUGUCACUGCAGUCGGUGGUAAUAUUUAAUGAGUGCCUUCAUUAUAUAAGUUUUGUGCCUGUUUCAGUCACAUAGUCAGACUGAACUGUGGCCUGCAUGAGUAGAUAGCUGAAAAAAAAAAAGAAAAAAUGCAUUAGUUUUGUGUUUGUUUUACGAGGGAAAAGGAAGACGAGCAUCACCCUUUUAGAGGCUAAAUGUGAUGGAGUAAAUGGCUAUAAACAGGGAUACGAGCUCAAAAAGACUGAACUAGAGCUUAUGUAAUCCAAAGAUAAUCAAUAAUUCUUAAUAUACAAAGAAUUAUUUUCAUCGAAGCUUUCCACUGUCUUUCUGUGUGUUUGUAACUGUGUAAGUUGAAUUAACUGUACUUAAUUAUUCCUGAGGCUGUGAAUCUAUCAGUGCUUGUUUGUUUUUUUAUUUACCUUUUUUCAACUGUGGACAGGUUGUGAGAAUUUGGGACAGAUAACCUGCGAGAACAUUGCAGGAGUGUUCAGUCCAUUGUUAAGCCUGUUCCUAUCCUG